CAAUAUAAAUAAAGUAUGAGGAAACAUCUGAUAGAGUGCAUUUAUAUUCAGGAGCUGAAAGCCACAGGGUGUGUCGCAAUGUUUUGGACCUUCAUCAUCCUCAGCGUGGUCUUCAUUGGAGGGCGGACAUCGUCAAUCUUGAGUACAUUUGCUCCAACUAUCGCCAGUAUGGAAGAAGAACCAUGCCACAUCUUCAACUCGGGUCGCUCGGCAGACUGCUUGGGGAGGCAACUGGAGAGCGUCCCAUGGAAGCACUUUCCGUCCACGCUGGAGAACAUCGAUCUAUCCUACAAUAAACUUCAAGCUAUCCGUUCGGAUGACUUCCUCCGCCUCCCUCGCCUGCGCGUCCUUCAGCUACAGUUCAACAACAUCUCGCAUAUUGACAGUGAUGCCUUCAAAAACAACGGCUUGCUGGAACAUCUAGACAUCUUCAACAACUCCUUGGGGGAAAUUCCAGCCAUUGUGCUGACGUCUCUAUUGAAUUUAAAGGAGCUGUACUUGUCCAACAACCUCUACAAACAUGCAACACUGGCUGAGGGCUUCUCCAGGCUGGUCAAACUGCAGGUUCUGUCCAUGGGUGGGCCUCUGGUAGAGGGUCUGAAGAGAGAGGAUUUUCAGCCAGUGAAGAACAUCAAGUUUCAACGCUUCGCAAUAAAGUGUUCCUCCAACUUAAGCUACUAUGAGCCAGGAAGUCUCCACAUUAUUCAAACUCAGCAGAUGGGCUUAGACAUGGCCAUAGACCAACGGCCCGGUGCCCUUAUUGACAUACUGCACGACCUUUCCAAUAAGACCUUCAGUGCCAUCCAGUUCCGCAACCUCUUUGAGUUCAUGUACUACAUGGGAGACGAGGACAUCUUCCAGAGUCUAAAAAAGGUUAAAGCCUAUAAGAUCAUCUUCCACAGAGGAAAGUUCAAUGAGAAUCUCCUUAGGAUGGCGUUGAUCAACCUGCAAGGCGCCACCAUCAAUACGGUCCGGUUGCAGUACAUCGACUUUGCACGCUCGCCAACCUUUAUUGACAGCGGGGUCAAAUCACGCAUCACAGACCUGAAACUGGACAAGCUGGAUCUCUGGUAUAUCAGCAAUCCCGAUAUACUGCGUUUUGACUGGCGCUUCACCUGGUUCAACAAGAUCAAAGAGCUGUCCAUUCAAUACGUUUACUUCAACUCAGUACCUUGUGACGCCUGGGUAGAGAUGGCAGGUGUGGGGUUCCUGGAUGUUUCUAACAACCGUCUUCAGAACGACUACAUCUUCAACCAGCGGUGCGACUACAACGGUGCCAUGCCAAACCUUCACACCUUCAACCUGAGCACCAACGAGCUGACCAGCUUAAGAGACUUGUCGUUGCUCACUAGACAUUUUCAUAAUCUGCAAGUGUUGGAUUUAAGCAACAACAAGCUGGGUUCUGUCGAAAGCAGCCGGGACUGUGUUUGGCAAAAAAACAUUACCAGGAUCAUUGCUCACCACAAUCAGUUCAAGACCGAAGCACUCUCUUGUCUACCCACCACAGUGCACUUCUUGGACCUGUCUUCUUGCAACCUGGACCUGCUGGACGUGGCGUACUUCGAGAAGGCCACUAAUCUGAAAGUGCUGCUGCUGAGCGACAACAAAAUCAAGUUCAUCCCAUCCAUGUGGGAGAGUCCAUCACUGCAGAGACUGGCUUUGGAUGGCAAUUCGUUUGGUCUCAUUAGCAAAGAAUCUUUCCAGCAUAUGCCUGAACUUUCUCACCUGAGGGCUGGGAACAAUCCCUACCACUGCACCUGUGAGCUACACGCCUUCAUUGAAGACACCAAGCAAAGAGGUCAGGUCAAUCUGACAGACUGGCCAUGGAACUACAAGUGUUACCAUCCUGAGCAGUUUCUAAACACGGUCAUAUCUCAAUACUUCCCGAGUGAGGUGUACUGUGACGUCAGAUUGGUUAUCAUCAUCUGUGUCGCCGUCACCACAGCCGUCAUCUUGAUUCUGAUGCUCAUUUGUUACAUUUUCGACCUCCCGUGGUAUACCAAGGCCACCUAUCAGAUCAUCAGAGCUAAAUACAGAGCUCACAAGGAGAAAGCUGCGGGACAGCCUGGACCUUUCAACUAUCACGCCUUCAUUUCCUACAGCCACUGGGAUGCAGACUGGGUGAGAGAGCAGCUCCUGCCGUGUUUGGAGAACAAAAGGAACCCCUACCGAUUGUGUAUACAUGAGAGGGACUUCAUGCCAGGAAAGUGGAUCAUCGACAACAUCAUUGAGAACAUCGAGAACAGCCACAAGGUAAUAUUUGUCCUUUCGCGGCACUUUGUGAACAGCGAGUGGUGCAACUAUGAGCUGUACUUCGCUCAGCAACGAGCAAUGGGGAAGACAUUCAGCGACGUCAUCCUGGUGGUGAAGGAGCCCAUCGACCCCAGCUCCUUGCCCAGCAAGUACUGCAAGCUGAAGAAAAUGCUGAGUACCAAGACGUACCUAGAGUGGCCUCAGCAGGUCAACCAGCAGGCCUUCUUCUGGGCCCAGCUGAGGAGCGUCCUGGGCAAGCCCAUGCCUGCCCAACAAGGGAGGCAUAGUGUCCGCAGCAGGAACUCGUCUGUGGGGGGCCAUUCUCUGACUUCGUACCCUAAAGAAAACAGCAGGCCAAAUCCUAUUGGAGAAGCAGAGAACAUUAAUGAUGAAGCGUUUAAUGGAAGACAAAUCCCUGUGCUGAAAGGCUUCCACUCCCACGUUGCACUCUGCACCGAGCGUGGCGAUACAAUGAGCCCCCAGCUAGAGAAGGCCAUCGAAGGCCUCAUCACCGUUUUCCACUCCUACUCGUCCAAGGAGGGCGACAAGUACAAGCUGAGCAAAGCCGAGCUGAAGACUCUGCUACAGGAGGAGCUCACUGACUUCAUGGCUGGCAGCAAUGACGCAGCAGCCAUUGACAAGAUCAUGACGGACCUGGAUGAAAACGGGGACCAUCAACUGGACUUCCAGGAGUUUGUUGUUCUGGUGGCGGCGCUGACGGUCGCCUGCAAUGACUUCUUUGAAGGUUGCUGCAAGAACAAACGCUAGAAGUCAACAUAAUUGCAGGUCACCAUGUAACCAUUCAUCCUAAUAAUAAAAUAUAUAUUUAAACUGUUAA